AUGACGCACGAAUCGCAAGACGAGCUCGAUGACACUGACAAUGAUGAGGCCGGCGAAACAAAAUCAGGAUCUAGAGUUGUGUCCAAGUAUUGGAAUCAAUUCAAUCAUGCUGGCAUGGCCAAGCGCAAGAUUUCUGGGGACAUAAUUAGUGGCACCGAAAAACACCCGUCGAGCCACUCAUGA